AUGCCCCCCAAACCCGCAGCAGGCGCCCCACCCGCUCCAGGGGCCCCACCCGCUCCAGAGUCCCCACCCGCUCCAGAGUCCCCACCCGCUCCAGGGGCCCCACCCGCUCCAGAGUCCCCACCCGCUCCAGUGGCCCCACCCGCUCCAGGCGCCCCACCUGACGAAGCUAAGCCACAAGGGCCUGUACAGACACCAGAAGAACUGGCAUUUUAUGCCCCGGAUUACUUGUGUAUGACCGUCAUAGGCAUACUUCUUUUCCCUCCCCUGGGACUACCAGCAGCCUUCUUCUGUCACAAGACCAAGGAGGCCAACAAGAACAGCGAUUGGGAAGAGGCUUAUAUCAACUCAGGCCGAACUGGUUGGCUGGAUGCAUUCGCUAUACUCCUCGGUUUAGGCAUCAUUUAUUACUAUGCCCUAUUUGUGUGA